AACUGUAAUACAAAUUAUAUUGCAUUUUUCGUGUAAAUAUCACAUAUCGUUAUCGAUUACUUUUUAUUAAUCGCGCUUUUUUUGACAUAACCCCCAAAUUUUAGUUUAAGGCGCGUCGAUUGGUAAAUAUUGAAUUUCCCUAAAGAAGAACGCCACAAACAAAUGGUCUAAAAUACUGGCAAAUUUUCGUCACGGCAAUGUUUGGUUUCUAACAUUUUUAUUUUAUACAAAUUUUCAAGGACGAUAAACUAUUGGUAUUCAGAGAAAAAAAGAGGUUACUUUUAAUUUAGAGCGUCCGCCGUUCGUAGUCGCUUACAUUACCUAAUAAAGUAAAUGCAGUUGUGAUGGAGCUCUUCGGGAACUUUCUCUUAAUCGCGACUGUUUAGUCAAAAUUGCAAGAUGAAUACCUCCAAAGGUGCCGCGGCAAAGGUGGAUCGUUCUAGACGUCAAUCGACCGGUAGCACUCCUAAAACUAUACUGUUUCGUAAAUACGCAGCACAAGGUACUACAUGCUUGGAGGCGGCGAUUAAUAACAUGGUCGCUAGAGUAAAACUUGAACGUCUCGAUUUUAGCGGUCUUUUGGCCAAUCAGAGACCACCAAAACGAAAAUGGAAUUAUCAAAUGGAGACGAAUGGAAAAAGAAUCCGUAUGAUAGAAGGUUCAAGAAAAUUUAAAAUGGGAAUGAAUUCAAUGCAACGGUUUAGAAGUAGACAUCAUUUCAACGGAGACAAACGACAAAUUUUGCUUUCCGGUUCGAGAGUAAGAAGACCGAAUCCGAAGUUUCACGAUUUCAUUACAUCAUCUCCUUCGCGAAUAAAUUCUGGUAAUCAAGAUAAACUAACGCAGGAAGCACCGGAUUCGCCGACAGUUAAAUCGAAAACGAAAGUCUUUAAGGCGGCUCCACUUAUUCCCGAGCAAGAUCCGUUAGAGCUGAUGAAUCUUAACUUUACAGAACCUACAGAUGACGAUGUUGUACGAUCAUUUCUGCCAGUCAUUGACCCGCCGAAAGUGAUUUAUGAUUUUGAAUCGGCAACCGAUACAGAUGAGGGUUUGACCGAUCACGUUUCAGCACAAGAAUCCCCACAAACACCCCCACUGAUACCCAAAGAAAGAAACACAAAGACAGUUACUAAAAACGUUAAACCGGUCCAACCUAAGAAGAUUGUUACAUCGAAAUCAAAUAAUUUCGACACAUCACUCAUGCCUCCAACUCAAUUAGCGGCUAACACUCCAAUAAUUCUUGCACCUCACACAGUGACCCCUGUUAUAAUCCCGCAACUGGUUAAUACAAAUUCGGUUCCGAUAAUAAUUGCAACUAAUUUCAUGUCGUCGCCUUCCAAAACUCCUCCUUCUAGAAAGGAGACUUCGGAAUCUGUACAAUCCAAAACUGGCAUUCACAAGAAGCAGCCGAAUCAACCGUCUGUGAAAACAUACUCUGACAAAAAGAGUGUCAAAAAGAACGCCUUCUUAGAAGAACUCAAGCAAGUCGCGCGGGUGUCAUUCAAAUUGGGAUUACCAGAAAAGAAGAACGCGAAGAAAACUGUUGCGGUAGAUUCUCAGAAGAAAAAAGAGACGGUUUCGAGAUACUAUCUUGUUGAAAGUGAGGGUGUGCCGAAUAGAACUAAAACGAAAGGAAGCAAUGUUGACUUUAAUAAAUUAGUGCGGACCUUAAAGUCGGUAAAGCUGCCAGCUGCGAAUUGGAAAAUUCGAAUUGUGGUUUCACGUUCACAGACGAUUACGGAAGUUACAUUCACAAACAAAGAGGUCAACGAAAGAUGUGUUAAGUUCUCCCGAUUCUUUACAGGAUACGUUAUAACGUUUGGUAAAUCUGUUGUUAAAUUAAUUGGAGCACCAAAUAAAAUAUUAUCGUAUAAUGACGUGACCGCAUUGCUAGAUAUUGUUCAUAAUUUAUCUUUAAGUGAUCCAGUUUUACAGUACGUUGCAGAUAAGGAUAAAUAAUAUAGUUUGGUUUCUUUGUCGUAGUUUUGUAUUUUAUAAAAUGUACAUAAGAUAUGUAAAUAAAUUUUAGUUAUACAACA